AUGAAACUCUCCGUUGUUGGGCUUGCCACUGUGCUGCAGCUGACAGGCCAGAGUCUUGCACAAGAUGGGCAGCCUAGUCCUGCUGACCUCGAGCACUACUGGUCUUACGGUCGCUCAGAGCCAGUCCCUGAUACGCCCGUCGCAAAGGGCCUGGGUGACUGGGCUGAGGCCUACGCCAAAGCCCGACACCUCGUCUCCCAGAUGACCAACGAAGAGAAGAACAAUAUCACGUAUGGACACGCAUCAGCCACGACUGGUUGUUCAGGCGUGACUGGCAGUGUUUCUCGAUUAGGAUUCCCUGGAAUCUGUUUCCAAGAUGCUGGCAACGGCGUUCGCGGCGUCGACAUGGUCAACUCCUAUCCUGCCGGUAUUCAUGUCGGUGCAUCUUGGAACCGAGACCUUGCCCAUGCUCGAGCAGAACACAUGGGCGCAGAGUUCAGACGCAAGGGGGCCAACGUGGUAUUGGGACCUGUUGCUGGUCCAGCAGGAAGGCUCGCUUCCGGAGGCCGAAAUUGGGAAGGCUUUGGUAGCGACCCUUAUCUGUCUGGCGCUCUGGCGGGAGAGUCUGUCCGCGGCCUCCAACACAAUGUUAUCGCAUGUGUCAAGCACCUUAUUGCCAAUGAGCAAGAAACUAGUCGUAACACUGCGCAGUUGCUGAAGGGGUCUCAUAAUAACUCUGUCUCAUCCAACGUUGAUGACAAGACUAUCCAUGAGCUGUACCUCUGGGCCUUCCAAGAUGCCGUUAAAGCGGGUGCUGGAUCUGUGAUGUGCAGUUACAACCGCAUCAACAACAGCUACGGAUGUCAGAACAGCAAGGUCAUGAAUGGUCUUCUCAAGGGCGAGCUUGGCUUUCAGGGCUUCGUGGUGUCUGACUGGACUGGUCAGCAUACCGGUAUCGCCAGUGCAAAUGCAGGCUUGGAUAUCGCUAUGCCCGACUCGCAGUAUUGGGAAAACAACACUCUUGCUAUUGCUACUCGCAAUGGGUCCAUGCCUCACUUCCGACUGAACGACAUGGCAACGCGUAUUGUGGCCUCCUGGUACAAGUACGCCGAGAUUCCUAAUCCCGGCCAUGGCAUUCCCAUUAGUCUGCUCGAGCCUCACAAGCUCGUCGAUGCCCGUGAUCCGAAAUCAAAGGAGAUCAUCCUCCAAUCUGCUGUUGAGGGUCACGUCCUGGUCAAAAAUACUGCAGGUGCACUGCCUCUCCGCAAGCCCAAGUUUCUCUCGCUCUUCGGAUACGAUGCUAUUCCUGCUACCAUGAAUACUAUGGACGACUCCGCGUUGGGCGGCUGGUCGCUGGGUCUUACAAACACCCUUACCUAUCCAAAUGGCACUGCGGUGAACAACCAGACUGAAAUGGCUAUGUUUUUAUCCAGCGCGAACCCAAGUGACCGCGGCCCAGGUGUUGCUCUCAACGGCACUCUCUUCGUGGGAGGUGGCUCAGGUGCCAACACGCCAUCCUACAUUGACGCCCCGCUUCAUGCUUUCCAACGCCAGGCAUAUGAUGACGACACUUUCUUGUCGUGGGACCUGGCCUCCAUGGAUCCUUUCGUGAACCCCGCAAGCAAUGCUUGUCUCGUGUUCAUCAACGAGGCCGCCUCUGAAGGUUGGGAUCGCCCUUAUCUGGCGGAUCCAUCCUCUGAUGAGCUUGUCAAGAAUGUAGCCGCCAAGUGUUCAAACACCAUUGUCGUCAUUCAUAACGCGGGUCUACGUAUUGUUGACGAUUGGAUUGAGAACCCCAAUGUCACCGCAGUGCUCUAUGCUCAUCUUCCGGGCCAGGAUAGUGGCCGAUCAUUGGUGGAGGUCAUGUACGGCAAGCAGUCACCAUCCGGCCGCCUUCCGUAUACUGUCGCCCGCAAGGCAUCUGAUUACAAGGGGCUUCUGGAGCCUGUUGUGGCAUCCGGUACUAAGGACGAGUACUAUCCGCAGUCUAACUUUAGCGAGGGCGUGUACACGGACUACAAGGCGUUCAUUAAGAACGAUAUUCAGCCUCGCUUCGAGUUCGGUUAUGGACUGACUUAUUCAAAUUUCUCCUACUCGGAUCUUAAGGCCGUUGUCAAUUCUGAUGCUGACCUGGGCUAUCUGCCUAAGGGCAGUGAUGCACAAGCCGCAGAGGGAGGUUAUGAAGCGUUAUGGGAUGUUGUAGCCGAUGUGAGCUGUUCUGUCAAGAACACUGGAGAUGUCACCGCGGCAGAGGUAGCUCAGCUUUAUAUAGGUAUCCCCGGAGGUCCUAUGAAGGUCUUGCGUGGAUUUGAGAAGAAGAUGAUUGAGUCUGGAGAGGAAAAACACUUCAAGUUCGACUUGACUCGUCGCGAUCUGAGCCAAUGGGAUGUUACAAAGCAGGCCUGGGGUCUUCAGGCUGGCAAGUAUCCUAUCUAUGUGGGCAAGAGCGUCCUCGACAUUGAACUGCAUGGCAUGUUAGAUCUUUCCUAG